AUGAGACCAACUUCACAAUGUCUAUACAACUCCCGCCGAGCUCUGUACCGAGUCUUCAUCUCCGCAUCUGAAGGCUCAGCCGUCCUCACAGUUCCACGACCGAAGCUGUCUCUCCUCCCAACAGUACACAGAAACACCCUCAUCCUGACACAAAUCCGCCGAUACGUUCAUCCCAAACCCACCCGCAAUCGCCGUGGCGAAACCACAGCCACGGCCACCGCCGAACUCGCCCGCUCCGGCCGCGGCUUCGACAAAAACUUCACCACCCAAGAAGACAUUGACCGCUCCGGCCGCGACCGUCCCCCCCAAGACCACGAAAUAACCGAUCCCAAAAUCAUGGUUCUUGACAACGGCACCACAGAAGGACCCCUCACCACAUCCUAUGUCCUCACGAAGCUGGAGCCCCAUGAAUCUCUGCGCAUGAUCCAUCCCUACGUCCCCGCCGACAAGGAGAAAGAAACAAGACCAGUAUACGCCGUAUGCAAAAUCGUCAACAAACGCGACGAGUAUGAGCGCCAGAAGCAAGUCAAGGAGAAUAAGAAGGCUGGCGCGGGGAAGCCCAAGACGAAGGAGUUGGAGAUGACGUGGGCGAUUGGCGAGCAUGACAUGACGACCAAGUUGAGGCAGAUGGGGCAGUUUUUGGGGAAGGGCAUGAAGGUGGAGAUUUUGGUGGCGAAGAAGAAGGGCGGGAAGAAGCUUGAUGGGAAGGAGGCUGAGGGUGUGGUGAGGAGGAUACGGGAGGAGAUUGAGAGCUUGGGGGCGAGGGAGGUGAAGAGUGCGUCGGGGGAGAUUGGGGGGUCGUAUAGGUUGUUUGUGGAGGGGAAGCAGAAGUAG